CACUCAUUCCCGGCGCUCGGCUGGACUGGGCUGGGCGGUUCCCCACGAAAGGGCGGGAGUUUGACGGGCGGGGCCUGGCCUCCAGACUGAGGGCGGCCCCAGGCCGGGCCUGCAGGUUGCUGCAGCGGCCUCGGUAGCUGCGGAGCGCUUCGGGAUCCCCGGGAACCGACUCUGGUGAGCUCAAGAGGAGGUCUAAGACACGUAGGACAAUGGUUAGACACCCUCCUGCAACCAGCCUCUAGCUACACAGGAGCUGCGGAUUUGUUCUGUGGUGCGCCCAUGGAGACAGGGAGCCCCGGGUUGAACAUGAAGCCCCAGUCCUUGCAGCUGGUGCUGGAGGGGCAGGUGCUGGCGCUGCAGCAGCAGAUGGCCGAGAAUCAGGCUGCCUCCUGGCGGAAACUGAAGAACUCCCAAGAGGCCCAGAAGAGACAAGCAACCCUCGUGAGGAAGCUGCAGGCCAAGGUUUUACAGUACCGGAGCUGGUGUCAAGACCUGGAGAAGCGACUAGAAGCCACUGGGGGGCUGAUCCCUCAGCGCUGGGAGAGUGUAGAAGAGCCCAACCUGGAACAGUUGCUGAUCCGAUUGGAGGAGGAGCAGCAGAGGUGUGAGAGUCUAGUGGAGGUGAACACCGAGCUUCGGCUGCACAUGGAGAAAGCCGAUGUGGUGAAUAAAGCCUUGCAGGAGGACGUGGAAAAACUGACAGUGGACUGGAGUCGGGCCCGAGAUGAGUUAGUGAGGAAGGAGAGCCAGUGGCGGAUGGAGCAGGAGCCAUGAGGAAUCCAAGACUCUUGUGUUGGUGCAAGGUCCCUGCCCUUGGGUAUGACUUGGGUUUCUGAACACACAGUUCUUCAAGGGCUAUUUGAGAGGUGAACACGGUCGUCUUCUCAAUCUAUGGCGAGAGGUGGUAACCUUCCGACGUCACUUCCUGAAAAUGAAGUCAGCUACUGACAGAGACCUGACAGAGCUAAAGGCUGAACACGCAAGGCUUUCAGGGUCCCUGCUGACCUGCUGUCUGCGCCUGACCCUGAGAGCACAGUCUCGGGAGUCCAGUGGAUCUGGGAGAACAGAGGAGAGUGAGCCAGCCCGGCUGCUGCUGCUCGUCGCUAAGACCCAGGCGCUGGAGAAGGAAGCCCAUGAGAAGAGCCAGGAGUUAAUGCAGCUCAAGAGUCACGGGGAUCUAGAGAAGGCAGAGCUGCAGGACCGAGUGACGGAACUCUCUGCUCUGCUAACCCAGUCUCAGAAGCAAAAUGAAGAUUAUGAGAAGAUGGUAAAGGCUCUAAGAGAAACAAUGGAGAUCCUGGAGACAAACCAUGCAGAGUUAAUGGAGCAUGAGGCAUCUCUCAGUAGGAAUGCUCAAGAGGAAAAGUUGUCUCUGCAGCAGGUGAUCAAGGCUAUAACCCAGGCACUGGCCUCAGUGGAAGAAGAAGACACUGUGACCCAGUCCUCAGGCCAUGAGGACUCGCUGCAGUCAGACUGUAAUGGCCUUUCCCAGUUUGAUCCCCAGGACCCAGACAGGGCUCUUACCCUGGUGCAGUCAGUGCUGACUCGGAGACAGCAGGCUGUGCAGGACCUCAGGCAGCAGCUUUCAGGCUGCCAGGAGGCUAUGAGCUUCUUGCAGCAGCAGCACGAUCAGUGGGAGGAAGAGGGCAGGGCCCUGAGGGAAAAGCUACAGAAGCUCACUGGGGAGCGGGAUGCUCUGGCAGGCCAGACUGUGGGCCUUCAGGGAGAGGUGGACUCUCUCACUGGGGAGCGGGAUGCUCUGGCAGGCCAGACUGUGGACCUUCAGGGAGAGGUGGACUCUCUCAGCAGGGAGCGGGAGCUGCUUCAGAAGGCCAGAGGAGAGCUGCAGCAGCAACUGGAAGUGCUGGAGCAGGAAGCGUGGCGACUGCGGAGGAUGAACAUGGAGCUGCAGCUGCAGGGGGACUCAGCUCAAGGGGAGAAGCUGGAGCAGCAGGAGGAGUUGCACUUGGCUGUCCGGGAGAGGGAGCGCCUUCAGGAGACGCUGGUGGGCCUGGAAGCCAAGCAGUCAGAAUCACUAAGUGAGCUGCUCACUCUUCGAGAAGCCCUGGAGUCAAGUCGCCUAGAAGGGGAGUUACUGAAGCAGGAGCGAGUGGAAGUGGCUGCAGCCUUGGCCAGGGCAGAACAGUCCAUUGUGGAGCUGUCAGGUUCUGAGAACAGCCUGAAGGCAGAGGUAGCUGAUCUUCGAGCUGCAGCUGUCAAGCUUGGGGCCUUAAACGAGGCUUUGGCUUUAGAUAAAGUUGAACUGAACCAGCAGCUUCUCCAGUUGGAGCAGGAGAACCAGUCUCUAUGCAGCAGAGUGGAGGCCGCAGAGCAGCUGAGAAGCGCUUUGCAGGUGGACCUGGCGGAGGCAGAAAGGCGCAGGGAAGCCCUGUGGGAGAAGAAAACUCAGCUGGAGACUCAGCUGCAGAAGGCAGAGGAAGCGGGGGCUGAGCUACAGGCAGAGCUGAGGGGCACCCGAGAAGAAAAGGAAGAGCUUAAAGAUAAAUUAAGUGAGGCACAUCACCAGCAAGAAACAGCUACAGCUCACCUAGAACAGCUGCAUCAGGACGCAGAAAGACAGGAAGAAACACUUGCUAGGGCAGUCCAGGAGAAGGAAGCCCUAGUACGGGAGAGGGCAGCUCUUGAGGUGCGCCUGCAGGCUGUGGAGCGGGACCGACAGGACCUCACUGAACAUGUCCUGGGGCUCAGGUCAGCCAAGGAGCAACUGGAGAGCAAUCUAUUUGAGGCCCAACAGCAAAAUUCUGUGAUACAGGUCACCAAGGGGCAGCUGGAGGUCCAGAUUCAAACUAUUAUCCAAGCCAAGGAAGUAAUUCAAGGGGAAGUGAAAUGCCUGAAGCUGGAACUGGAUGCUGAGAGGACCCGGGCAGAGCAGGAGUGGGAUGCAGUAGCCAGGCAGCUAGCCCAAGCUGAGCAGGAGGGGCAAGCAUCUCUGGAGCGACAGAAGGUGGCCCACGAGGAGGAGGUGAACAGGCUGCAAGAGAAAUGGGAGAAAGAGCGCUCCUGGCUGCAGCAGGAGCUGGAUAAGACCCUGGAAACCCUCGAGAGGGAGAGAGCAGAGCUGGAGACAAAGCUGAGAGAGCAGCAGACAGAAAUGGAAGCCAUCCGUGCACAGAGGGAAGAGGAACGAAGCCAGGCUGACAGCGCCCUGUAUCAAAUGCAGCUAGAAACAGAGAAGGAGAGAGUAUCCCUCCUGGAGACACUGCUGAGGACCCAGAAGGAGCUGGCAGAUGCUAGUCAACAGCUGGAAAGGCUGAGACAGGACAUGAAGAUUCAGAAGUUAAAGGAACAGGAGACCACUGGCAUGCUGCAGGCCCAGCUUCAGGAAACACAGCAGGAGCUGAAGGAGGCAGCCCAGCAGCACAGGGACGACCUUGCUGCCUUCCAGAAGGACAAGCUGGACCUGCAGAAGCAGGUAGAGGACCUAAUGUCUCAGCUGGUAGCCCACGAUGACUCCCAGAGGCUGGUGAAAGAAGAGAUUGAAGAGAAGGUGAAAGUGGCUCAAGAAUGCAGCCGGAUUCAGAAGGAACUGGAGAAAGAGAACGCCAGCCUGGCUCUGUCGCUGGUGGAAAAGGAAAAACGACUUCUCAUUUUACAAGAAGCUGACUCUGUAAGACAGCAGGAGCUGAGCUCCUUGCGCCAGGACAUACAGGAGGCCCAGGAAGGGCAAAGAGAGCUGGGUGUACAGGUGGAACUAUUGAGGCAGGAGGUGAAGGAAAAGGAGGCUGACUUUGUGGCCCGGGAAGCACAGCUGCUGGAGGAGUUGGAGGCCUCACGGGUUGCAGAGCAGCAACUUCGAGCGUCUUUGUGGGCCCAGGAAGCCAAGGCAACCCAGCUGCAGCUGCAGCUGCGCAGCACUGAGAGCCAGCUAGAGGCAUUGGUUGCAGAACAACAGCCGGAGAACCAGGCACAGGCACAGCUAGCUAGCCUCUGCUCUGUUCUGCAGCAGGCCCUGGGGUCUGCAUGUGAGAGUAGGCCUGAGCUGAGGGGUGGAGGCGACUCUGCUCCUACCUUAUGGGGCCCUGAUCCAGAUCAGAAUGGAGCUUCCAGACUCUUUAAGAGAUGGUCGCUCCCAACGGCACUGUCACCGGAGGCUGUGGCACUAGCUCUCCAGAAGCUCCAUCAGGACGUGUGGAAGGCUCGGCAGGCCCGGGAUGACCUAAGGGACCAGGUCCAGAAGCUGGUGCAGCGCCUGACUGACACGGAGGCCCAGAAGAGCCAGGUUCACUCGGAGCUGCAGGACCUGCAGAGACAGCUCUCUCAGAGCCAGGAAGAGAAAUCCAAGUGGGAAGGGAGGCAGAACUCCCUGGAGUCUGAGCUGAGGGACUUGCACGAGACCGCGGCAUCCUUACAGAGUCGCCUCCGGCAGGCAGAACUGCAAAAAAUGGAAGCUCAGAAUGAUCGAGAGUUGCUUCAGGCAUCCAAGGAGAAGCUGUCAGCCCAGGUUGAACAUCUGCAAGCAUGUGUUGCAGAAGCCCAGGCUCAGGCAGAUGCAGCUGCUGUCCUGGAAGAAGAUCUGCGAACUGCUCGCUCUGCACUGAAACUGAAAAACGAGGAGCUAGAGAGUGAACGGGAGAGAGCCCAGGCUUUACAAGAACAGGGUGAGCUGAAGGUGGCUCAGGGGAAAGCUUUGCAGGAGAACCUAGCCCUGCUGGCACAGACCCUGUCUAACAGAGAGCGGGAGGUCGAGACGUUGCAGGCUGAGGUUCAGGAACUGGAGAAGCAGCGGGAGAUGCAGAAGGCUGCUCUGGAGCUGCUCUCCCUCGACCUGAAGAAGCGCAGUCGGGAGGUAGACCUGCAACAAGAACAGAUUCAGGAGCUGGAGCAGUGCAGGUCAGUCUUAGAGCACUUGCCCAUGGCCGUCCAAGAGCGAGAGCAGAAACUGAGUGUGCAGCGGGACCAGAUCAGGGAACUGGAGAACGAUCGGGAGGCCCAGAGGAGUGUCCUGGAACACCAGCUUCUGGACCUGGAGCAGAAGGCUCAAGUGAUUGAGUCCCAGAGGGGACAGAUUCAGGAUCUGAAAAAGCAACUGGGGACACUGGAAUGCCUGGCCCUGGAACUGGAGGAAAGCCAUCACAAAGUGGAGAGCCAACAGAAGAUGAUCACAGAACUAGAGGGCCAGAGGGAAAUGCAGAGGGUGGCUCUAACCCACCUCACACUGGACCUGGAAGAAAGGAGCCAGGAGCUGCAGGCACAAAGCAGCCAGCUCCAUGAGCUGGAGAACCAUAGCACCCAUCUGGCAAAAGAGCUGCAGGAGAGGGACCAGGAGGUGACGUCCCAACGCCAGCAGAUCGAUGAGCUGCAGAAGCAGCAGGAACAGCUGGCUCAGGCCCUGGAGAGGAAAGGCCAGGAGCUGGUGCUGCAGAAGGAAAGGAUUCAGGUUCUGGAAGAUCAGAGGACGCUGCAGACCAAGAUCUUAGAGGAGGACCUAGAACAGAUCAAGCAUUCCUUGAGAGAACGCAGCCAGGAGCUGGCCUCUCAGUGGCAGCUGGUGCAUGAGCGUGCCGACGAUGGAAAGAGCCCGAGUAAAGGCCAGCGAGGGAGCCUGGAGCACUUGAAGCUGAUCCUGCGUGAUAAGGAGAAGGAGGUAGAGUGCCAGCAGGAGCGCAUCCAGGAACUUCAGGGCCACAUGGGCCAGCUGGAACAGCAGCUGCAGGGUCUGCACAGGAAGGUGGGGGAGACUAGCCUGCUCCUGACCCAUCGAGAGCAGGAGACAGCAACCCUGCAGCAGCAUCUCCAGGAAGCCAAGGAACAAGGGGAACUGAGAGAGCAGGUACUUCAGGGUCAGCUGGAGGAGGCCCAGAGAGAUCUGGCCCAGAGGGACCAUGAACUAGAGACCCUCCGGCAGGAAAAACAGCAGACCCAGGACCAGGAGGAAAGCAUGAAGCUAAAGACAAGUGCUCUGCAGGCCGCUCUGGAGCAGGCCCAUGCGACACUGAAGGAGCGUCAGGGGGAGCUGGAAGAACACAGGGAACAGGUGCGAAGGCUCCAGGAAGAACUAGAAGUGGAGGGACGGCAGGUACGGGCCCUGGAGGAGGUGUUGGGGGACCUAAGGGCUGAGUCUCGGGAGCACGAGAAGGCUGUGCUGGCCCUUCAACAACGGUGUGCUGAGCAGGCCCAGGAACAUGAGGCAGAAGCCAGGACCCUGCAGGACAGCUGGCUGCAGGCCCAGGCCACUCUCACAGAACAAGAACAAGAGCUAGCGGCACUGCGAGCGGAAAACCAGUAUUCCCGCCGACAGGAAGAGGCUGCAGUUAGCCAGGCAGAGGCGCUGCAGGAGGCCCUCAGCAAAGCCCAGGCUGCCCUGCAGGAGAAAGAGCAGAGUCUGCUUGAACAGGCUGAGUUGAGCCACACCCUGGAGGCCAGCACUGCCGCCUUGCAAGCUACCCUGGACACCUGCCAGGCAAGUGCCCGGCAGCUGGAGGAGGCCCUGAGGAUUCGGGAAGGUGAGAUCCAGGCCCAGGCUCUCCAACACCACGAGGUCACGCAGCACCUCCAGCAGGAACUUUGCCAGAAGAAAGAAGAGCUGAGGCAGCUACUAGAGAAGGCUGGGGCCCGGAGGAGUCAAGAAAAUGGAAUCCAAGAGAAGCAAAGUCUGGAGCAAGAGAGACAAGAGGAAACAAGGAGGCUCCUUGAGAGCCUAAAGGAGCUACAGCUGACUGUAGCCCAAAGGGAAGAAGAGAUUCUGAUGCUGAGGGAGGCCUCGUCCCCACGCCACAGAGCCCUCCCAGCCGAGAAGCCAGCUCUGCAACCGCUCCCAGCACAACAGGAGUUAGAGCGGCUGCAGACUGCCCUAAGGCAAACAGAGGCCAGGGAGAUUGAAUGGAGGGAGAAGGCUCAGGACCUGGCUCUGUCCCUGGCCCAAAGCAAGGCCAGCAUCAGCAGUCUGCAGGAGAUAACCAUGUUCCUACAAGCCUCUGUUCUAGAGCGGGAAUCAGAACAACAAAGACUACAGGAGGAGUUGGUACUCAGCAGACAAGCUCUGGAAGAGCAGCAGUCAGGUGGCCCACACUCAACCAGCAGAGCAGACCAGGGACCAAAAGUGGGACAGGGAAGCCAGUCUGGAGAGGUAGAGACUGAGCCUAGUCCUGGAGUGGAGGAGAAGGAACGGUUGACACAGAGGCUUGAACGUCUGCAGCAAGCGGUGGCAGAGCUGGAAGUUGACCGAAGCAAGCUGCAGUGCCACAAUGCGCAGCUGCGGACCGCCUUGGAGCAGGUGGAACGAGAACGGAGGAAGCUGAAGAGGGAUUCCGUGCGUGCAUCCCGGGCAGGAUCACUGGAGGCCAGAGAAACUAUGACUUCAUCCCCCACACAGCAGGAUGGGAGAGGCAGUCAGAGGGGUUCCUCGGACAGCGUGCUUGUGGUUGAGCUUCAGAGAGAGGUAGCCCUGCUGCGAGCCCAGCUGGCCUUGGAGCGAAAGCAGAGGCAGGACUACAUUGCACGGUCCGUGCAGACCAGCCGUGAGCUAGCAGGCCUGCAUCACAGCCUGUCUCACUCCCUCCUCACCGUGGCCCAGGCCCCUGAGGCCACUGUUCUGGAGGCUGAGACCCGAAAGCUGGAUGAGUCUCUGAAUCAGAGUCUGACAUCCCCAGGGCCAUGUUUGCUACAUCCCAGUCUGGACACUACUCAAAAUACCCACAGGUAGUAGCCAUAGGCAGGGCAGGACACAGGCGAGUCAGGUGGGACACACAUUGGAUGACUGCAGAGAGGCCAAACCCCCCCCCCCCCCCACGACCCAGCUACAAGUUUGCCAAAGGCGAGAUUUACCUGUUACUCAACCUGGGAGACCCUAGCCAGCUGACAGCCCCUGGAAGAAAACGAGAACCCUCCAGGCUGGGGAAGGUCCCAGGACACAUGGGAAUGAGGCAAAAUCACAUUUGCUUGCUAACCUGCUACCCAAGAAGUGCCUUGCCCUGACCGUGGGGCAUCUGUUGUCUUCCCGCCGGAUGAAGCAACCACAGUCUACACUAAGCCUGAAGACCUGACAGCAUAUGAGUAUUCUGUCCUGGGCAGGAGCAUCCUGAAUGUAUCAGGUACAGGAGUGUCCAUGGCCUGUUUGUCUUCAGUGUCUCCCUCAUCUUCCCUUCGACAAUAAAUCCUAGGCCUUUGCGUUA